AUGUACUUUUUAAUUAGUAAUGGUUUUCUAAUCGAUCCAUUACAACGUCCACCAAUUGAUAUUUAUAUUCGAUUUCCUUUUAAUAUUGAUAUAAAACAUAUUUAUCUUAGUCCAUCAAUAGGACAUCAUCGUUCAACAUUAAUUGAAAUAAGUGUUAAUCAUCAAAUAAUCGAUGAGAAAACAUCUUGGUUAAUAAAUUCAAUGAAUAAAUCAAAUAUUCUAAAUGUUGAACAAAUAUCAUUUCAUCGAAUUGUACAAAUUUUAAAUGAAGAUGAAAUAACACAACGUAUUGAAAUAUACGAUCAUGAUAAUGAACAAUCAACUAAUAAUACAAGAAAAUAUCGUUUUUCAUCAUAUUUACAUUUAAUUAAUUGUAGUACAAUUAAAAUUACAAUAAAACGUGCAUGGCGUUUAUCUUCAUGUGCUUUAAAAUAUCUUCAAAUUUGGGCUAUUUUAUCAAAUUCUAUUCCAAAUGAAUUAAAAAUAAAACUUCAACAAAUUAUUUCACCUCAUUCACAUGAAUUAUCAUCAUCAUCAUCAACAAAUGAUAAAAAUUCUUCUCAAUCAUCAUCAACCAAAAUUAAUGAUAUUCCUUCUGAAUUUCUUGAUUCAUUAACAUAUGAUUUAAUGUUAAUACCAAUGUUAUUACCAAGUGGUAAUCUUAUUGAUCGAACAACAUUAGAAAAAUGUAUUAAUGAAGAUAUACGUUGGUGUCGUGUACCACGUGAUCCAUUUACACUUGAAGCAUUUACUGAAAUAACACAACCAGUUGUUGCACAACAAUUGAAAAUUCGUAUUGAUCAAUAUUUAAGUGAACAUCAAAAUGAUCCAAAAUAUCGUAAUCAUAGAAGAUUACUUGAUGCUAAUCAACCUAUACGGGAUAAAAAUUUAUUUUCAUAUAAAAGAAAAUUUAUUGAUGAUAAUGAUAACUAA